AUGUCGGUGAUUGCCGUGUCUUUGACAGCUACUGUGACAAAGAAACAGGCGCGGUUGAACACUAUCUUUUGCCGGUUGCUUCAUGCUGUCAACGCCCUGCACCACCGCAAUCUCUCUACCCUUUUGGGUGUGACCUUUACGUCGGCUGGAGUUUACCUUUUAUACGAGUACAAUGUUCGAGGACAUUUGCGCCAUCUACUGGCCAGUAAUAAACUGCUUACGGAUUUGUUUUUUCGUCUGUCGUUCUUACAAGAUAUUCUCGAGGGGAUGACCUUUAUCCAUCGUUCUCUUCUGCAUUGCCACGGGAUGCUCAACACGGAAGUCUGCCUAAUAGACCACCGAUUUGCGGUGAAACUGCUUCGAAACGGCCAAAUUCAUAUGGAUAUCGCGUUAACAAAAACACCAAAGAACUCGAGGCGGGGCCAGUCUUACAACGAUCAUGAUUCUCCAUCGCAAAGAUCAGAUAUUAUUCAACUGGGAACAAUUAUUUUGGAAGUUAUCACCACUGGUGUGCAGCAAGGUACACCGCAUUAUGAUGCCUUAGCGCCUUACCUACGCCGAUUGGCAGAAAGCUGCAUGGCUGAGCUAAGCAGACCAUCGGCCAAUCAGAUCCGCACGUCACUCAACGCGAUAGCCAAAGAAUGCCGAAUCGGUACAGUACCAUCCAUGCUACUGGAGGAACUGCAGCGUCACACGGAUCAACUAGAAAAUCUUGUCAGAGAACGCACAAUGGCACUCGUCGUGGAGACACGGAAAGUCGAUGAACUACUGCUGCAAAUACUGCCGGCGUACGUCAGCAUUCUUUUACAGCAUAACAGUUCCGUAACAAUGUAA